CCCAAAUUUGUUUGUCCACUAAGACUCCCUCCACAAGGGCCUUCUGCACUACCUCAUCCUCUCCGCGCACCCCAGCCUCGAGCACUCCGCUUCCGCCCACAGGCUAUCCGACUAUUCGUGCCCUCUCUCUAUCUAGCAGAAUAUCAGUCGGCCAUGUCUUCGCCCACGUCUCCUCCAACCGUAGCCGCCUUGACGGCCCAGGUCGCAGCCCUUGAGAUCGAAAAGCGGGCUUUGGAAGACGAGCAGACUCAGCGAGUUCAGCGCGUAAACGAUGGGAAGGAGAAGACUCGUUCCGUGGCCCCUUACAUCGACGGGGUUGAGCUGACGGAGAUCCUUUUUCGGGAGAUUGAGGCCCUCAAGGAGAAAGUCAAAAAUCUCGAAGAAAGGCUGGCAGCAUUGAACACCAUCGCCGGCCAAUCUGACCAGAGCGGUAUUACUCAAGAUUCCGUCAACGUCUCCGCUGCUACCUCCUCAUCAACUCUCACCCCGACCACCAGCGCGUCUCAGCAAACUCAUACACCAGACCGCCACUCUCCAGGACGCCACCCCGUGCGGGCCCCCGAGUUCAACCGUUCCUGUAACCGACGAUGCAACCGUCGUAACUGCAAGAGUGUCCACGAUGAUCAACGCCAGCUCUACUCGGACCUGAUCCCAACACUGCCGAAGACCGCAGCGGAAGCCGCAGCUCGGCGUUGA